AUGCAUCUAAAUAAAAAAACUGAACGGGGUGUUUUCGUAAAACAUUUAGCUCAUCAGCUCAUAUUAGAGCACAUAAAGAGAAGGGUGUUUAACUUGCGCUUGCCUCGCGAACUUCGCAUGAGUUUGGCUAGAAUACUCGGGGCUGAUAUGCCAGAUAAAGUUCAAGGUCAAGUGAGUCAAGAAAAAAACGAGAAAAAUAUGUGCAUCUUGCCCACCAAAACUCAACAGAAAAUCGACAUAUCAAUGUUACUCAUGCAAAAAACACGUUUGUUUACAGUGUGGCAAGCAAGUGUGUCAUGA